UUGAAAGUGUUUGAAGUCAUAUGAGCUCUAGUGGAAUAUAGUCUGUAGAUUUUACAAUUCAUUUUAUUCCUUAGUUUCACAAAUUAAUUUAUACUAUUUAUAAAUUGAUUAAAUUUAUUUUCAUGACUUUUCUUGAAGAUUUUGCAAUGUAUUUGAUACAAUACGUAUCAGUAAAACUGCUCAUUUUCUGAGCGAUUUAAAUUUUUCAGGUUGCAAAAGUUUCCAUUUAGUAUGCUCACUAAUCAUGUGAGCUGCCAUUACGUAGUGACUUCUGUGACCUUUUAUCAUAGUGCUUUGGUUGAUUUAACUUGUAGUCGUUCCGUCCAUGCCGUUGAACAUGAUCCAUGUUGCCCAGAUCCUACUAAACUCUCCGCAGACGAAUGUAAAGCCGUCCAUUAUGGAUUAUGUUCCCCACUUUUGAAACUCCCUUCGUUUUCAAUACCUCCCGCUACAACAUCCUCCCCAUCAUCCCCAGCAACACCCAAAGGUACUAGUUCAUCCCCUUUAGUGUCAUCAACACCAAGUCCACCAAUCACACCUAAAGGUACUGCUCCAUCGAUCGCUGAUCUUCUUGGUGCAGCUGUACCACUUAGCAGAAAUACUUCGACAACAGUUAGUUCACCUGUCUUACAACGGGCAUCAUCACCAGUUGUUUCUAGUCCUAUUUCUGUGUCUUCAACCAAAAUGUCAACUCCAACCGCUGUUGUGUCCGGUUCAAAUUCAGUGAAUACAUCUAAAAUGGAUAUGGAAAUUUUAGAUCCUGUAAGUUUGUUGGCAUCAGAUCUCGAAGGUCAGUUAGAGGCACUUGUUAAUACUUUCGUGGCCCAAGAUAAAGUUCGCUUGGCUGCUAGAAAAAAGGCAGAAACAUCUGUCGGAAGUUUUAAAUCUACCCCUUCAGUUAAUAAGCAGAUUUCCCCAAUAAAAAAGUAUGAUAAGAAAAUUAAAGAUGAUAGAUCAUCUGGAGAUGAAUCUGCUUCUUCGUUAUCUAGUGAGACUUCUCAAACAUCUAAGUCUAAUGGGUUUUCUAAAGCUAAAACUGGCCCAAAAGCAUCAAAUGUUAUUUCUGAUCCUUUGGGAAAAGAUUUGAAAAGACUCUCACCCGAUGUCAAUCCUGAAAAAAGUGCUUUUCCUUUUGAUAACAUUAAGAAUUUCAAUAAUUUUGGCACACAUUUUGAAGAUAAUUUAUUUGAAAGAUCAUCCUCCCCAUCUUUUAAAUCUUCAAUACUACCUUCGUUAAAACCAUCUCCUGAAUAUCAGCAGACAGGUGUUAAAGCCCAAAUAACAAAAUUUGCUUCCAAAGAAAAAGAUUCCCUACAAAAUUCCCCAACUAAUUCUCUUGAGAGACGUCAGGUUCAAAAAUCAAAACCAGGUGUUCAAGAACACCCUUAUUCACCAACAAUAACUCAGCCACGUAGUGGUCCUCUCACGCUUGAUGCUCUGCAAGAACUUCUGUUGAACUCAAGCUUAGAUCCUGCAACACAACCCAUUCAAACAACAGUUUUUCAAAGCAGUAGGAUACCUUCUGUGCCUUUUGGUGAAACAACACCUCUUGAAGUUCCUCAAACAUGUCAGGCAGAUAAAAAUUUUAUCACAGACAAUUAUGUACCUUUCUAUGUAAACGAAGCUUGCAAAGAAAGUGAUGAUCUACCAGUAUCCAUAAAACCUAGUACUAGUCAAGCGAUUGGGCACCAUUCAUCUCCUUAUGGCAAAUCGAGUCAAGAGUUUGUUCAAUCCGCUGUAGAUUACGCUAAAAAUCGUAUUCAAAGUGUUCAACAAUCUUUAAGAGAUGAGUCAAAACCAAGAACCAUAAAAAAUGGACAUCUAGUCAGUGAUGCAAAAACAAAAUGGGAAAAUAUCCCAAGUUGGAAUGAUGCCCAUCUAGUACCAGAUAUUGACAAUACUCUCGCUGAACCUUUCCAGAGGGGUGGACAUAAGAGAACUUUGUCGAUGGAUGGACUGUUAGAUGUCCCAAGUCCAUCAAUUCCACACCCCAAACUCACAAAUGCUCAGAAGCAGCAUAUCAAAGAACGAUCUUUGUCACCUACCGAUCGUCAUUCUCAUGUUCCGAUCAGGCCAUUUUUGACGAAAGGUUCGGUUGCCGAAAGAGUUUUGCUAUUCGAAUGCUGUCCAGAUAGGGCUCUAGAGAGGACAUCAGCUGGAAACAAGUCGAAACAGAAUCUUAUCAGCACCUGGAGACCUGGAGGAAGUGAUGUCCAAAAUAAAACUCAUUUUUGGGAAGUCGUUGCUGAUUCAGACAAGACUGUCAGCUUGUCUCAUCACAGCGGCUCUGAGAAAGACAAAAACAACGUAGCGCCUACUUCUCCCCGGACCAGCUCACUGCGUCGGGCCAUCAAGUCGGGCAAAAAGGACAACAUCCCUAGGUUCUACUAUAAGGAUGGAAAGCCACAAACUCCCCAGGAGAUCGAGGCCCACCUCAAGAAAGUCGCCGCCGUCUUUGCAGGACUCAAUGAUGGCAAAGCUUCGAGAGAGGAGUUUGGCAUUAUCACCAAGGCAUGCGGAUUGCCUCUGUACUGGAAGCUUCCAUUGUUCCUGGCGGCGAGGGGGGAGAAGAAGUCGGCCGUCAGUUGCGAUGCAUUCCUCGAAUACUGGAGAAGAGUCGUGAAUUCCUGCCAUGAUGAAGCUUCAAAAUUUGUAUAUAUAUUAUCAAGAGGCAAAAGGAAUUAUCUAGUCAGUGACGACUUUUUCCCUAUGAUGCAAGAUGUGAUAGAUUCUCACCCAGGGUUAACGUUUCUUAAAGAAGCCACAGAAUUUCACUCUCGGUACAUUCACACUGUCAUUGCAAGGAUAUUCUAUUGUGUGAACAGAUCUUGGAGUGGAAAAAUUACUAUUCCCGAGUUGAGAAAAAGCAAUUUCUUGCAAGUUUUAGCUACUCUAGAAGAGGAAGAAGAUAUUAAUCAAGUUACGGAUUACUUUUCGUACGAGCAUUUCUAUGUGAUCUACUGUAAGUUCUGGGAACUUGACAAAGAUCACGAUCUCUAUAUCGACCAAAAUGAUCUCAAACUUCACGCAGAUGGCGCUUUAUCAACUCGAAUUAUUGAAAGGAUUUUCUCAGGUGCUGUAACGAGAGGGCCAAAGCAGAAAGAAGGCAAAAUGAGUUACGCUGAAUUCGUUUGGUUUCUUAUAUCCGAAGAAGAUAAACGUCAUCCUAGAAGCAUUGAGUACUGGUUCCGCUGCAUGGAUUUGGACGGUGACGGCUACCUCUCUAUGUAUGAGCUGGAAUACUUUUACCAAGAACAGCUACAGAGGCUAGACGCCCUAGGAAUAGAAACACUCCCCUUCAAUGACUGCCUUUGUCAGAUGCUGGACAUCAUCAAGUCAAAGGUUCCAGGUAAAAUCGCCCUAUCAGACUUGAAGAAAUGCAAGAUGACACCCAUCUUCUUCGACACAUUCUUCAAUCUCGAAAAAUACCUCGAUCACGAACAGAGGGACCCAUUCGCGUCGCAGAGGGAGCAUGAUGGAGAAGGACCCGAAAUGAGUGAUUGGGAUCGUUAUGCUGCCGAUGAGUACGAGCAACUAGUAGCUGAAGAAGGUGCAAACGAUCCUCAGGAAGAAUUGUACGUUAUCGACUUUGUCUAAAUACAUCGCAUUAGAAUGAUGCCAAUGGAAACCGAAGACGAUUACGAUUAUGCUGAAUCGGAUGAUUAUCAUUAUUGACGAUAAUCAGUAAUGAACGAAACUGGAUAUUCAACUGGAAGUCAAUUGAUUUGUUUGUCAAUUGGAUGCAAAUUUUAUUUUUGCCGUCUUCCAUUACGAAUGUUGAGAAAUUCUUUUCUCUCACGCCGUUUGUGGUGUGCUGGUAUAUUGUUGCAUUAGAAGAGACCUUUAUUCUUCUAAAAUAUCUCGGAUAGCAAUAAAUACAUGUUAUAUCUUAUACUCAGAAUUUUAUACUUAAAUAUUUGAAAAGGUAAUUUUUCUAGCAUUUGGUUUGUAACUGUGUUAAUAACUUGUCGUUUGAAAGUAGCAUAAGUAAACUUAAAUGUUUUCCCUUAUGUGGGCAUAAGCUUUGUAAAGUUUUGUGUAUUUGAUUUUCGCAAUUUUCUUAGUCCAGUAAAAUCAAAAGAAUUGGAUUUCUCUCUCUCAUUCUUUAUAGAAUUUUAGGAAAAAAAAACUUAGUAUAUGUAUAUUAUCACAUUUUUAAAGAAAUCAAUGUAAUGUGCCUUAUAUUACAUCGACAUUUUUUGAUUUAUCAAUACAUAUUAAUAAAUCAGUUUACAUUAAUGCUUUUGCUAUUAACAUGUAUUUACUUUGGAAUUAAAUUCAAAUUUUCAGCAAUUUAAAAUUUGCAAUUUUGGAAAUCGAUCCAUUCAAAAUUUACAAUUUUAGAAAUUAAUCGAUUCAAAAUUUAAACUUUUCAAAAGUAUUCCAUUCAGGAUUUAUAUCCUAGGUUCAAUCAAAUUAAGAGAAGAAAGGAAAAUAAUGAAUAACGUUUUUGAAAUAAGAUUUGUUGCGAUUUAUUAUAAGAGUAUUGGCAUUAUUUGGAAAAAUAUUAUCAUGAAAUGUAUCCAUUUUAAAAUUUAGGUAAUGUCACUUAAAAUUAAAGCUAAUUAAUUUUGCACUCAUUUUUUUAUAUUUAAUUUCUAUCAGCUAUAAUUGUAGCUAUAAUGUAGAAUGCUAUUAUGUAUCCUAGUGAGUGAAGUUAAUGCAUCGUAUAUAGCAGGUCAAAAUUUUCAUUUCCAUUUUAAUAAUGUCAUUCUUUAAAAAAAUAAAUAAUAAUAAUUUGAGAGAGAGUUAGAGAAAGACUAUGUUAUUUACGUAAUCGAAAUGUAUAUUUCCAAAAUUGUACAAUACUUUGAAAUUAUAAUUUGUGUAAGCCACUGAAUGCAUAUUGUUUUUAAUUCAGCUUAUAAAGAAUCAGAAUGCAUAUUGUUUUUAAUUCAGCUUAUAAAGAAUCUGAAUGCAUGGAAAUCGAAUACUUCUUGUUCUGAUGUUAUUUUGUAAAUAAUGUUUUGUGUGAUUGCGCAGAAAUUUUAUGAAGAUAUUUUGCAAAAUCUAAUAAUGAAGUUGAAUCAAACUCUUAUGCAUAAUUAAGUGAAACGACAAUUGUCAAAAGAAACAUUGUUAAAUCCACGCUUAUUCUUAUUGUUUUUAUUUGAAUCUUAUUCAUAACACUAUUUAAAUGUUGUUUUUCCUUGUGUAUCUACGUAGACAUAACUGCUGUGCUUUUUAACGCAUAUUGAUUCAACUUAUUUUAGUAGAUUCGCCUUCUAUAUCUGUUAUAGAAACAAAUAUGUUUGUUUUACCUUUUCAGUUGUUGUUUCUUGUUAGCCAAGAGUAUUGUUUUAGAGAUAUAUGAAUUGAACUUUUCUGUAAUAAAAGAUAGCAUAUAUAUUAACACUGUGCUAUUGAGUAUGCUGUAUUUUAAUUUAUUAUGAUAAAAUUCUAAUGUUUCUGAAUUAGAUUGUAUUAACUGAUUUGUUUUUUAUUAUUAUAAUUUAUUUAUUGUCAGAUUUGUGAAAUUUUAGAUAUGUAAAAUAUUGUGUUGAACAAAGUGACUU